UCCGAACACCAAACAACCAGCUGAGUGGAAAGUACUAUUGCAAAUCCACACAGCCCAUAGGAAACUACAGCAAAUCCAGCUGAGACAAAGCUUCUACAGUGUACGUUUGAACAGGCUGAGAUUUUAACAGCUCAAUAGCACAGAAAAUAAACAGAGAGCCAGUUCCUUUGUUUCCUGUGGGUGAUCAUUUAAAACAUGCUAUUGUAAUUCUUCUUGGCUUUUUUAAUAUAUUGGCAUUGAAUGAAUUCAGAUGGCCCACUGCCUGAAGGGUGAACACAAGGCUGGGCAGAUGGCUGACUCUUGGACGUAUCCCAACGGAGUUGGCAUGUUACAUCAACUACCAAUGCCUGAAACUCACAAAGAUUACAGCUGUUGUUUAUAGAGGUAACAUCUGAUUUCUUCUGAAGCAGAAAGUAUUUCCUUUCUGUGCGAACCAUGGGCCAGAGAAUACAGUUCUUUCUUGGUUUGGUGCUUCUCGCGACCUCACGGCUUCUAGCACUUAGCUUUCCUGAAGACGCUGAGCCUCUCGACACCGUAGACUAUCAAUACUCCAAGCAAUAUGCUGCAUUUAGAGGGCGCCCUUCAGGCAAUGAAUCUCAACACAGACUGGACUUCCAGCUGAUGAUAAAAAUCCAGGACACGCUUUUCAUAGCUGGCAGAGACCAGGUCUACUCAGUAAGUUUAAGAGAAACUUACAGGAAUGAAAUCAUCCCGUACAGAAAACUAACCUGGAGAUCAGGCCAAGCUGACCGGGAGACCUGCGCUAUGAAAGGGAAACAUAGAGAUGAAUGCCAUAAUUUUAUUAAAGUGCUAGUUCCCAGAAAUGAGGAUCUGGUAUUCAUCUGUGGCACGAAUGGCUUCAAUCCAAUGUGUAGAUACUACAGACUGGAUACCCUGGAAUUUGACGGUGAAGAAAUCAGUGGCUUGGCGAGGUGCCCGUUUGAUGCCAAGCAGACCAAUGUUGCCCUCUUCGCCGAUGGCAAACUGUAUUCAGCGACAGUGGCCGACUUCUUGGCUAGCGAUGCCGUCAUUUACCGCAGCAUGGGGGACGGCUCAGCCCUGCGGACAAUCAAGUAUGAUUCCAAGUGGCUGAAAGAACCUCACUUCCUGCAUGCUGUGGAUUAUGGGAACUACGUUUACUUCUUCUUUAGGGAAAUAGCGGUGGAACACAACAAUUUGGGAAAGGCUGUGUACUCCCGAGUGGCACGCAUAUGUAAAAAUGAUGUCGGCGGGUCCCAGAGAGUGCUAGAAAAACACUGGACCUCGUUUGUUAAGGCGCGCCUCAAUUGCUCUGUUCCUGGGGAGUCAUUUUUCUAUUUUGACGUUUUGCAGUCCAUUACAGACAUAAUAGAAAUCAAUGGGAUCCCCACCGUUAUUGGAGUAUUUACCACACAGCUUAAUAGCAUCCCGGGGUCUGCAGUUUGUGCCUUUUCAAUGGCCGAUAUCGAAAAAGUGUUCAGGGGCCGGUUCAAAGAGCAAAAAACUCCUGACUCCGUUUGGACGGCUUUUCCCGAAGACAAACUGCCCAAACCCAGGCCUGGCUGCUGUGCAGGACAAGGUCUGGCAGAGGCGUACAAAACCUCCAUUGAUUUCCCUGAUGAAACCUUAUCUUUCAUCAAAUCCCAUCCUUUGAUGGAUUCUGCCGUCCCCUCUGUCGGUGAGGAGCCGUGGUUCACAAAAACCCGUGUCAGGUACAGGUUGACGGCUGUAGCGGUCGAUAAUUCUGCAGGCCCUCGUCAGAACUACACCAUUGUUUUCAUUGGAUCCGAAGCUGGUGUGGUGCUCAAAGUUCUGGCCAAGACCGCACCCUUCUCCCUGAAUGACAGCGUCUUGCUGGAAGAGAUUGACGUCUUCAACCGGGCAAAGUGUAUAUCAAACACCGAAGAAGACCGAAAAGUCGUAAUGCUGCAUCUGGACAAAGAAAACCACGGUUUGUUCGUAGCCUUCUCAAGCUGCGUAAUCCGCAUCCCUCUAAGCCGGUGUGAGCGUCACAGCACGUGUCAGAAGGCCUGCAUUGCCUCCCGUGACCCUUACUGUGGUUGGAUGGCCCAUGGAUCAUGUGAAAACCUGCAGCCAGGCAUAUCCUCUGGGUAUGAGCAAGAUGUGGAAUAUGGCAACACAGUGCGGCUGGGAGACUGUCAUGAAGUUUUGGCUACUACAUCUACGCCAGAUUACAAAACAUUUGGCGAUCCAACAUCUGACAUGGAGUUGUCAUCACCUCCAGUAACAACAAUGGCAUCUGGCCCCAUAGAAUCACCCCAAAUCAUUGAUUCUCAGAAACCUGAACUGUUUGGUUCAAGGAAAUUUGUGCUCCAAGAUGACCCAGCCACUUCCCGUUCUUUUGAUUCAUUGCCAGGUGUCCCGAAGGGUGUCUGGGAUGUGCAGUCUGGGGAGUCGAACCAGAUGGUCCACAUGAACGUCCUGAUCACUUGUGUUUUCGCUGCAUUUCUGCUGGGUGCUUUCAUUGCCGCCGUUGUGGUCUACUGCUACCGAGAUGCGUUCUUACGGAAAUCAAGGAAAAUACACAAGGACGCCGAGUCCGCACAGUCGUGCACAGACUCCAGUGGGAGCUUUGCUAAACUCAACGGCUUAUUCGACAGUCCAGUGAAGGAAUACCAGCAAAACAUUGAUUCGCCUAAGCUGUACACAAACCUGUUGAGCAAUGGGAAGGACAGUGCACCUAGUGGAGACACAAAGACGAUGAUCUUGAGCAGCCAGUGUCAGCCCCCAGAACUGGCCGCUCUUCCCACUCCAGAAUCUACCCCUGUUCUCCAGCAGAAGACCCUUCAGCCUAUCAAGAACCAGUGGGAGAAAGCCCACAAUAAAAUAAAUGCUUCAAGGAAGGACUCUCCCCUCAAAAGCCCCCAAUACUUUCCUGCCAGUCCCCCUCCUCAUUCUCCUAUGGGGCACUCUCACAUACCGAGUGCCGUCGUUCUUCCAAACGCAACCCACGACUACCGGGCUUCCUUUUCCAAUACAGAUGUCCUCCGGUCGGAGAGGAAAAUGCAAAAUAUUGAUCAGCCUGCUUCUGGUAAACCCAGCAAAAAAGACCACAGGCGGUCGGUUGAUGCAAGGAAUACCCUGAAUGAUCUCUUGAAGCAUCUAAAUGAAACCAACAGCGGCUCUAAAGCCAUUCUUGGCGACAUUCCCAUGACUCGCCAAAACCUGAUGCUGGACCCUAUGGCGAACAUGACCGAGGUUCCUCCCAAAGUCCCGAGCAGAGAGGCUUCGCUGUACUCUCCGUCUUCGACCCUGCCGAGGAAUAGUCCCACUAAAAGGGUGGAUGUGCCCACUACUCCGGUGACGUCCGCUGUGCAGAUGAGCACUUUAGAAAGACAGAGGGGCUACCACCGGAAUUCCUCUCAGAGGCAUUCCAUAUCAGCCCUUCCUAAAAACAUAAACUCGCCAAAUGGCAUUGUCUUAUCUAGGCAACCCAGUAUGAACAGAGGAGGAUAUGUUCCUCCCACUCCCCCUUCCAGGAUGGACUCACAUGGAGCACCUGUUGGUCAUCCACAGCCUUCCAUAUCAAGGCAGAGUAGCUACAGUGGACAGGGCUCUCUCCCACGCACAGGGAUCAAGCGGACACCCUCUAUAAAACCAGAUGUCCCCCCAAAACCCAAUGGAUUUGUCCCUCAGACUACACAAGUGAGGGCUGUGAACAAAUACAGCUACUGAACAUGUAGGUGUUGACUCUGUAAAAGGACUACAGUGUUUUAAGACCUGCUGAGGUUUUUCUGAUGCUGCUGGAAGUCCAGACUGACUGUACUUGAAAAGGGGGGGUAAAACAAAUUGCAAAAGUGGCCAAAGAAGCUACUUCCGGCAGCAUCCUCCCGUUUUCUUUUGUUCUUCUGCUAAUGAAACCCGGAUGGUCUGUUGCGAGAUUUCUUUCCGCGCUCGAGGACGAGCAGCGGGUCGCGACAUCCGUUGCGUUCGUGAGCCUGGAGCCAGAGAGAAUGAACAAACUGCGCAGAGGAGCGCAAUUGUUCAUUUCAUGCAGUUGUGCCGAUGUGGCAUUCAUGAUUUAACACACAAGAAUACUUGAAGAAUGGGUUCCAUUAUUCACUGCCACUGAGCAUUGUCUUCCCAUUAAAUGUGAACUUUACAAAAAACAAGGAAAAAAGUAUGCAUUUGUCUAGCCAUUUGCACAAAAUAUCACAAAUUUAGCAUCUGUGAUAUUUUGAAUUGAAAGCAUAUGGCCUUGACGCUAAAGAGAAAUGCAUUUAUGGACGAUUGUAGCAGAGACAUUUCCUACAAAGCCGAAUGUUUUGACACAGACUAAUGCAAAUCCUGUGUGUAAUGGUCUCACACAUUAGGAUGCACUUUUAAUUAAAACACGAACAACACAUUAGUUCCUAAAACUAAACAGGAUAUUAUGCUCAGAGAUCCAUUAAUGUCAGAAUUGUUGAAGACAUUAAUCUUGGGUCAUCUGUGUAUGGGGUAACAGUCCAGGGUGCCUACUUGGACAGCAGUUUUAACUCGCUGAGAAAUUACUAAACGUACUUGCUGCUAUCUGUUAAAACUUAGACAUCUGUGUGUUUUGGACUCGAAAGCAUUGUCAUGUAGCUGUGGUUCUCUGUUACAUAAGCAUUUUGGUUCUCUAAGACUGCCAAGCCACUGUGAAUCGAAGCUCCAGUUUUAAACUUAGAGGUUAUGCAUAGCAUUACAUGCGGUCUCUGUGUGGGCUAUAUGGCACAGAGGCUAAUUCUGACAGUUAGCCCAUUCAUGUGGGGCACUUGAGUUAACUAUUUGGCUAGCAUCUGAAAUCAACUGAUAAUGUCACGGUCGUCAUCACAGGUGACAGCUCAUCCCAGGGCUGCCACAGGACAGGGCGUAGUUGGGAAAUGGUGUACACUCAACCUGAGGGCUAAGCGAUAGAGAAGGUGUGUUCAGUUCAUCGGUGGGGAGUCUUGUCAGCAAAGUGCAUGGCUGUUACUAUAGCUUUGUUCCUUAACACUCGUGAGAUCUAAAAACAAUGUCCUCAUACCGAUUUAAAGUCAACUUCGUAUUAUCACUGCAUUCUUUUUAUGGAUACAAAUGAAUUCCAAGACCUACAAAUCAGCUAUCCCAUUAAAAAAGAUAAUAGGGCAAUCAUUUUAGAACAGUACCAAGGAAUCCCUAAGGGUCAUGCAGGUAAUAAUGUUGUGUAAAUAUUUUUUUUCUUUUUGGCAAGUUUACCUGAAUCUGUGCAUUGUGUGCCUUAUUCAAUGAACAUUAUAAAUACUGAAAAUGUCAAGUGUUCUUGAGCCUUCAUUGAACUUUUCUGUGUGCCAGUUGAACGUCUUAUCUAAAAAAAUAAGUUUUUUAAAAAUUGGUUGAAGGAAACAAAAAUACCAAAAUUGCAUUUUUACGAAAAUAUCAUCAGAAAGUUGUAAAAACAUUCCAUUUUUAGGAGAAGGGAUAGUAAAAUACUUGACGUGAAAUAUUAUUUCACAAAGUACACUGGCUUUUCCCCAUUUCAUAGAAAGUCACCAAGGUUAAUUCUGUUUUUGUAAGAAAAGAGCUGCCUUGCUAAGCUGAAGGACUCUUCAGUGAAUGUAAAACACUAAUUAAUAGAGUAGUACAAUAAUCUGUCUCCAUCUUCGUAUGUAGAACAUCAAAAUGCUACCACUUGCACUUUGUACAGUAGCAUUAAAAAAACAUCAGUCGUGGAUCCAUAAACCCACACAAUAAAGAACUACCUUAUUUAAAAUACUGUCAAAUUGUAGCAGAAAGUUAUGGAAGUAUGAUAAAGCAAGGUGAGUUAAUCUGAGCAUACAAUUACUGUUAAUCAUUAGCAAAUGUUUUAUAGCCCUCUGCUGGAAUUGCCUACUUUAGUUCCUGUUCAGGAUUGUCCUUUGCUGUAAUUAAACUCUUACACAUUUUUUUUUUAAUUCAGCGUUUAUACGGUUGUUCUGAAAAUUUUCCCCCUCAAAGCUUUUGAUGUGCAGGUAAUCAGAAAUAAAAUCUUAAUAUCAAUUUAUUGAGAGGGGAGAAAAUGAUUUACUGUUUCAGUUUCUCCAACAGGUGAUGUUCAUUGUGGAAUUUUAUACACAGCAGUCAAGUCACAAAUGUGAGAGAAAAGGGGAACUUAAACAUUAAACAAUGAUGCUUUAUUCAAAGGAAAAACAGACUAUAACGCAGAGCCUGUUCCCAUUUAUAAAUGUUAAUGGCUUAAUUCUUAAAAUUAACAUGCUUUGUAACCUAUAUGAGCCCCAAAGUUCAAUUUUGUUUACAGUUUUGAAAAUCAAUCAUUUAGGUAAUUGUCAGUACCUGCUCAUAACCAGAUUUUUGUACAAAGUAAAAACUAUUCGUGUGAACCAUCUUCAAAGGUUUGUAAUGUUGAGCUGCCUUGUAUAUUGCAAUGUGAAUUCAAAGUCUUUAUGUUGCAAUUUGACUUAUUCAAGCCUUUACAUUUCAGUUAAAAUGCUUUGUGUGCAAAUAAACCGGGAUGUCAACUUUUUGUUUUUAAGAUUGUGCAAAAUCGGAGCUGAGAUUCAGUUGUUGUAUGUUUUACAGAGUACUUUAACGUGUAGAUAUCUUGUAAACUUGUACUGUGAAUGUGUAAAUAAUUAAGUUCAUUGCUUUUUUGUUGUUUUUUUAACACGGCAUGUAUAGCUGAAAUAAAAUAUUACAGUGCAGAAGAUUUAA